AAUUAUUCUCACAAAUAGUUGCAAAAAAACAAAAAACAGAAACUAUCCACUUCAAUCUUGAGGAAAAUGGGUGGAGAAGGGCAAAAACGCAGGUGGAGCCUUCAAGGCAAGACCGCACUUGUCACCGGUGGAACCAAAGGGAUUGGGUUCAUAAACAAUAUUGGUGCAAUCCGGUCAAAGCCAACAACUGAACAUACGGCAGAGGAUUUCUCGUUCCACAUAUCGACCAACUUGGAGUCUGCAUACCAUUUUAGCCAGCUUGCACAUCCUCUGCUCAAGGCUUCAGGAUGUGGGAACAUCGUCUUCAUAUCCUCUAUUGCUGGGGUCGUGUCACUUAGUAUCAGCUCCAUCUACUCUGCAACCAAAGGGGCGAUGAAUCAGCUAGCAAGGAAUUUGGCAUGCGAGUGGGCGAGCGAUGGCAUAAGGGCUAAUUCUGUGGCUCCUGCACUCAUUCCCACUCCUCUGGCGGAAACAGCGUUCGAUGAUGAAUUCAAUAGAAUGGUGAAAUCAAGAACGCCAUUGGGGCGCUUAGGUAAGCCGGAGGAGGUAGCAUCGCUUGUGGCAUUUCUUUGUAUGCCUGCAGCUUCUUACAUAACGGGUCAGACCAUUUGUGUCGAUGGUGGUCUCACUGUGAAUGGCUUCUCAUAUCAGCCACCAGUUUAAGCCAAUUACAAUUUCAAGUUUUCAAUAACAAACUUAAAUGUUUAUACUUUGUAUGCUCAAUAUGACUACAUUGUAGCCUAUACUUUUUGUUAGCAUCUUCGGGUAAGUCACCCAAUUGUGUAGCCAGACUUUAAAUUUUCUACUAGCUGCUCAAGGUUUUUGCAACCAAAUUUAAACUUAAGUGCUUAAACAACCAAAA